UCUUCUCUCUCUGGGCUUCAUCAUCUUAGUCAAGUCAAGAAAAAGGAGGACGCAUACUUCAAACAACAAAAACAUCGACAUUCGCUUUCAAUAGAGGCCAAGCAUGAGGCAGAAAACCAUCUCAAGGACUUCAACCUUCGCCUGGAGUCCUGGUCAGCACGCGCCACUACUCGCCACAGGAACAGUCGCUGGUGCCUUUGAUGCCAACUUCUCAAACACCUCGCAGCUCGAAAUCUUUGAUCUGAACCUGGCAGACAAGUCGCCCGAGUCACUCGAGAUCACUCAGCCUGCCGGUGUUGUCUCGAGCAAUGCCAGAUUCAACCGUUUGGCAUGGGCAAGUCCAACCGUUGACAGGCCUUAUGGUAUCAUUGCUGGAGGAAUGGAAAACGGCGAGCUCAACCUGUGGGAUGCCAACGCGAUCCUCAGUGGAAGCGACGAUGUCCUUUUUUCGAGGCAAACCAAUCACUCUGGCCCUGUUCGCGGCCUUCACUUCAACCCUUUCCAGCAGAAUCUUCUCUCUUCCGCCUCCAGCAAUGGCGAGGUCUUCAUCUGGGAUCUCGGCAAUCUGACAAAGCCAUAUACACCUGGAUCUAGGUCUUCAAAGCUUGAGGACAUCACUUGUGUCGCCUGGAAUAACCAUGUCCAACACAUCCUGGCCACCAGUUCAACCACAGGAUACACAGUCGUUUGGGAUCUGAAAUCCAAACGUGAGGUUCUCACUCUCUCCUAUCCCGGAGCUAGCGUUGGAGGCAUGGGAAGCAUGGGCAACAUGGGUCAGAUGGGUGCUAGCCGCCGCGGAAUCACAGCCAUUGCUUGGAACCCAGAUGUUGCUACUCAAAUCAUCACAGCAACCGAGGAUGACAACAAUCCUGUUAUUUUGGUGUGGGAUCUUCGCUAUGCGCAUGCUCCUGAGAAGACGCUUACUGGCCAUACCAAGGGAAUUUUGUCCCUGUCCUGGUGCCAGCAGGAUUCCGAUCUGCUGCUCUCUGCAGGCAAAGAUUGCCGGUCACUCUGCUGGAACCCCAAAUCUGGAGAGAUCAUUGGCGAGCUUCCUCCUAGUUCAAGCUGGACAUUUGACAUCGCUUGGUGUCCACGCAAUCCCGAUUUGCUGGCUUCUGCUUCGUUUGACGGACAGAUCAACGUCCACUCUAUUCAAUCGACACAUGAUAACGCACCACCAACAGCUGGCCACGCCGCCCAGGAAGCCCACGAUCCAUUCGCGUCUCAGCAGUAUCAGUCUCAAAAUGCUUCUGCGACCAUCUCUCUGAAGCAGCCACCAAAGUGGCUCCGUCGUCCUGUUGGAGCGUCUUUUGGAUUCGGAGGAAAGCUCGCUAUUUUCAGGAACAGACCCGCUCCACCCAUGCACCUUCCUCCUGGCGCUGUUGCACCAGCGGGCACACCAACGACCAUUCCUUCAGUUACUCUUGUCAGCGUUGUGACGGAACCGGAGCUGGCGCAGCGUGCCGCUGAUCUGGACUACGCGCUGGAAACAAAAUCCUUGGACAAAUUCUGCGAAAACCGUUCCCAGACAAAUGCGUCAACCUCAGAGUACUGGACGGUCCUUCGCGCACUGUUCGAGGCCAACCCCCGCGAGCAACUUGUGCAUCAUCUUGGAUUUGAUAAGCAGGAGAUUGUGGAUCAAGUCGCCGCAUUGACCCGUCAGAUGAGCAUCAGCAGCAACACAUCCAUUACGUCCCCCAAGCCCGAUGAAGUACCCCAUCAGGCAGGGCUCCAGAACCUCAGCGGCUCUAACGCUGAGAUGAACGCAUUGUUCUCUGCGGGUGGUACAGAUCAACAGCAGCUUGCCGACGACACCUUUGCCAAUUAUUCUGCUACGCCUGUCAGCAAUGAGCUGAAGCCGAAGCCUUUGAACCCCUUCUACAUCUAUCCUGCUUCGGACACGGACAUCGACAAGAAAAUCACCCGGUGCAUCAUUGCAGGAGAUUUCGAUUCGGCUGUCAACGUCUGUCUUCACGAUGGACGUCUCUCCGACGCUCUUGUUCUUGCCAUCUGUGGUGGUCCCGAGUUGCUGGAGCGCACGCAAAAGGCAUAUUUUGAGCGCCGUGCUGCUUCAACACCCUACAUUCGUCUUUUGCAGAGCGUUGUGACGGGAGAUCUCGACGAUGUUGUGCGCAAUGCGGAUCUGGCUGACUGGCAAGAGAUUGUGGUCAUCCUUUGCACAUUUGCUCGUCCUGAUGAAUUCGGCAAGUUAUGCGAGUCGCUCGGGAACAGGCUGGAGCAGCAAUGGGUCAGCAAGGUCCAGACCGGUGAGCCUGCAGAUCAGUUGCGUGGUAACACUGUCCUCUGCUACUUGGCUGCCGGGAACCUGGAGCGCGUGGUUUCCAUCUGGAUCAGGGAGCAGGAGGAGGAGAUCGCUCUUGACACAUACGAUCCUUCGACUUCCGAAUAUGAGCGUAAUGCUCGCUCGCUUCAAGCCUUCAUCGAGAAGGUCACUGUUUUCCGCAAGGCCAUUGACUAUGUUGACGUCGCCAUUGCUGGAAACCCCAACGAAGAUCAGCCUGAGGAGCAGGAUGGCCAACACAAGCUUGCGGCUCUUUAUGACAAGUACACCGAAUAUGCUGAGAUCAUGGCUUCCCAGGGUCGCCUAGCAACCGCCAUCGAGUACCUAAAUCUGACCCCGGUCGACUACCAGAACAAGGAAUCCCUAGCAGUGAUGCGCGAUAGAUUGUAUCACUCUGGUGCAGACGUCAGCAAGAUCCCCGCACCGGAAUUCCCUUUCGAUGUUGUGUAUCUUUUGGCGGAGGGCGAGUAUCAGCAGCAGCAGCAGUAUGGUCAACAACAGCAGCAUUAUGGUCAGCAGCAGUACGGUCAGCAGCAGUAUGGUCAACAGCAACAGCAACAGCGACAGCAACAGCAACAGCAACAGCAGGGCUACCAGCAGAACCAGUACCAGCCCAAUCAGUACCAGUCCAAUCAGUACCAACCUCAGCAGCCUCAGCAACCUCAGCAUCAGAACAACUAUGGCGCCCAGAACACGUACGGUGUGCCCGCUGCUACGCCCUAUGGAAAUACGAGCUACGGCGCCACAGGAUACCAGCAGCAGCAGCAGACAUCCAUUGUCCCUCCACCACCCACGGCGUUCAAUGUUGCUCCUCCUCCUCCUCAGCAAAACGACCACCGUCCUCCUCAGCCUGCAGCAGCCAACAACCCCUAUGCUCCUGCUCCUCCAACCUAUGGAACAGGUUACAUGCAGCCAACGGUUCCCCCGACCUACAAUCAGCCAGGUUAUGGACAAAACGAUGCAGGUCUUCAACCUCCAUACGGUGGAAUGUACAAUCAGCAGCAAGCACCUGUGGAAAGAACCCGCUCAGCAGAGCUGCCGCCCUCACAGCGUAAGGACACGGGCAAUUGGAACGAUCCCCCACCAGUGCCUUUGAACAACGCGGUCAAGCGUCCCGCUGCUCCCCCUGCCCAGAACAAGGCCCAGUUCAGCUCGCCUUUCCCUGGCAGCCCCGUUGUCGGAAACAACCCCAUGGGUGGCACGCCUCCGCCUGCCCCGACUGGCUAUGGCCAGCCCCCUCAGGCAUCGGCUCUUCCUCCUCCACCAAUGGCAGGGGCGCGUCCAGCAGCAACUUCAUCGCCUUACUCUCCAGUGCCGGCAGCUUCGCAUUUACCACCGCCACCAACGAACGUGUCUGGAGCCAUGUCCCCCCGCUAUGCCAACCAGCGGGCACAGCCCUCGCCAUACCAACCCCCUCAGCCUGCUAACGCUUAUGGUCACCCCCCUCACCAGCAGCAUCAGCAGCACCAGCAGCAGCACCAGCAGCAGCACCAGCAGCAGCACCAGCAGCAGCAAGGAUAUCAAGCACAGCAGCAACAAGGAUACCAGGGUUACGGUCAGCCUUCACCUAGUCCCAGCCAAUAUGUCCCGUCUCACCAACCUCCAAUGGGUGGGAUGGCAAGUGGCAUGCCUCAAGUGCUCCAGCAGAGGCCCUUGACCCCAGCAGCCCCUCCCACGCCCCCCGAGCCUGUCAAAAACAGACAUCCUACCGGAGACAGGACACACAUCCCUCCAGGACAAAAGUUGAUUUUCACUGUCCUCUCAAGCGAGCUUGCUCUCGCACGCCAAUAUGCCACGCCUGCAGCAAAGAGACCAUUGGAUGAUGCAGAAAAGAAGCUGAACGUGCUGUUUGAUAUGCUGAAUAACGAGGAGGUGUCCGCACCCGUCGUGGAGCAGAUGCUUUUGCUGGCGCAGGCACUCCAGAGCAAAAACUACAACUCUGCAUACCAGAUCCAUCUGGAGCUGCACUCGACGCGCACGGAUGAGGUGUCGAGCUGGAUGACGGGAGUGAAGCGUCUGAUUGUCGACAAUGCAAAGAUUCAGCAAUAAGGACAGUAUUUGUUAUUUAGUCCGUUUUUCUUUGUUUGAAGAAGAGAAAAUAAAAUAAAAAUAACUACA